AGACACAGCCUGUGUGACUUUGAAAACUUGAACGGAAAUGAAACGGGAAGUCAGAUCCUUUCACAGUUUGUUGAUUUGUAAAGACAAACUCAGUCUCUGAGGACUCAUUUUCUGUCCCAGGACAAGAAGCAGGGGAGAGAGAUCCAGCUGGGAAGACACUAGAGAGGAGAUGCAGAGGCGACAUGACAAGAACUCGAUUCAAAGUGGAGACCAGUUCACUGAGCAAGAAAAGAGAAGCAGAAUUAACCACUCAAAGAGAAGUGCUGGAAGUCAUGAGGUGCAGUCCUGGACAAGAGCUACCAAGCAAUCCUUGUGUCUCGUGUGGCAAAAAGUGAAACUACAGCUAAUGCUAAGCAUGUCUUUCCUUGCUGCUGUCUUUUGGUAUUGCAGAAGGCUGUACAGCUUUUUAGCACAGCUACUGACACGGUGGAGCAGCUACCUUCAAAGAAAGCUCAUAAAGAAUUGCAGCGUGUUGGAAGAAGUUGAUCUUCUUGCUUAUAGUGCAAGAGAAUGGAGAGAAGAAACAAAGCAGGCCAAACACAUGAGGGAGGCAUACAGAGAAUUAUUUCAGAACUAUCAUAUCAAAUAUCUGCGGCAGGUCAAGAAGGACAACUAUUGCCUCCUAAGAGCAGUGCUUUUUCAGAUAUUCAGCCAAGGCAUUCCUUUUCCAUCGUGGAUGAGGGAGAGAGAUAUAUUAAAGCUUCCUGAAAAGCUUCUGUAUUCCCAAGGUUGCAACUGGAUUCAGCAAUACAGUUUUGGGCCAGAAAGUUACACAGGUCCUAAUGCCUUUGGAAAAUUACGCAGAUGUAUGGAAACAUUAAAGACAAAUUGGGCUGAAAUGAGUGGUACUAAAGAUCACGAAGAAAGAAGAAACAUAUGUAAUGCACUCUUUUCUGACGAGAGCAAGGAACACAAGCUAUAUGAGGCUAUAAAAUUUAUCAUGCUCUACGAAGUUGUUGAAGCCUACGAGCAAAUGAAGAACAGGGAUGAACCUGUACCCCACCUUUUUCGCCUCCUCUUUGCUCGGGAUACUUCCUCUGACCCUUUGAGUUUCAUGAUGAAUCAUCUGAAUGCCAUAGGUGACUCCAUUUGCCUAGACCAGGUUGAACUGUUCCUUCUUGGAUACCUGCUUCAAGUAAAGAUCAAAGUUUACAGACUGCAUAGAUUUAAUACUGAAGAAUUUCAAGUAAACUGUCCAGAUGAAUACCGAAGGGAAUGGAAUGAGAUUUCUCUCCUGACUGAGGAUGACCACUACUAUCACAUCCCAGUUAUCAGAACGUGAAGCACAAAGAACUUCUUUUUAACCUUUGUAUAACGUAGUGAGUAACCAGUUCCAGUGAAUUAGGUUUCUAACUGGCAGCAGAAAUGCAUGUUGAUGAUUACAAAAUGAUUUAUGGGUUUAUUGUGUAAAUGCUUUGCUUUCCCAUUACAGCUCAAUUAGUUCCAGUCAGCCAUAAAUAGCAAAAUAUAUUGCUAUGCUGUUUGGGGGGAAAAUGUCAUAUCUAAGGGUUAUUGAAAAUAAAAGAUCAGACAGCAUGACAAAGGGAAAAGUAAUGCUGGUUUUCCACUCCUAGGCUAAUGGCUUACUCUAACAUAUCUGCGUGGGUUAAACUUAAGCCCUAAAGUAAUUCCUGCCUUUCUCUUCUAUUUCUUGAGUUAGAAUGAAUGAACUAUGCAGGAAACAACUCUUGGGGUCCCACAGUUUUUACUCUGGGACACUAAAGUUACAAGGAUUUGAGGCUAUCUUGCAUGCAAGUAUGUAAACUGAGGCCACUACACAACUCAGUUCAAAUCCCAUCCAGUUUCUCCUGGUGUUGCAGUGCCUCCCUCCAGAAAGAAAGCAAGCAGCUGCAGACCACAGCUACUUCAGACUCUUGAAAUCAGGCUGAUCAGUGUUAGAUCUACUUUACAACUGAGGAAAGUUAAGACGUUGAUGCUUGAAGAAGUCUGUCUGGAACAACUAAAUGAGAUUUGCUUUACUAUAUGCUAUGCUUUGCCUGGUUCUAGUUUCUAAAAGACUCGAUUGUGUUUAGAUAAUUUCUAAAAUGAGAGGUCCUAAAUUGAACAAAUGCUAAAAUGAUACAGCAGAUCUUGCAAGUGAAAAGCAUACAAUCCCCCAGGCAUGGGUUAUAUUUUAAAAGUGGAGUUUUAUCAAGAAACAAAGGCUUUCCUUGUUUUAUCCUAGAAGUACAGAAGGAGGCAGGUUUGGUUUUAACUGCUGCAGGACAAGGAACAAAAGCACGAGCUGGGCCUGCAGGAGCUAAAGCAGUUGUGUGUAGUAACUAAAUGAUAAUGUUGGAGAGCAUAAAAACUGCUCUCUUCCUCUGUGUAAUGGAAAACAAUUUCAUCCUUUUAGUCUUUCUAUUUUUAUGUAUAUAUAAUUUAUAAACACAAACACCUGCAUGCUGUAUUAUAUAGCAAGUUCAUUUCUUGGCAGUUUCUCUGGGUUCAGUUUUGUUCAAUAAUCUGUAGCUAUUAACGCAAAAGACUUGAUACAUAUAAUAAUUUAAUCUUUUCAAAGUCUACAUGUUGAAUAUUUAUUUUAAAAACAAACUCACAAACUUUAUUCACUGGAUGAAGUAAUUUUCCCUCUUUAAUUUUGAUCCUGUUCCACGUAGGGAAAUGCUGUAAUGCCUUGCAUUGGGUAUUGUCUGUUUUGCAUCAGUGGUAUAUGCAACACUUGCACUUGUCAAUAAAGUUGCCUAUAUUUUAUUCUUGUUUUGGUACAAGCAGGCAUACCAAAAAAGGAUGUAUUUUUAUAGAGAGCUUUUUAAUGGUUUGUGUAUUAUUUAUGAAUAGCAAUGCAAAAGCAUAACAUCUGGAAGUGUUACAUUGAUAAAAUGUAUGUUUUUUGUAAUCUUGAGCAUACUGAUAGAAGGAAAUUAAUAAAGAUAAAUGAAGAAAGA